AUGUCGUCAGAUCUUGUACAGUCGACCCUCGGUGGUGGUGAGAGCUACAUCUCACCCACUACAAAUCUUCAACCUGACUCUCCAGAAUAUGGGAAGGUUGAGGCUAUGAUGGGCAGAAUCAUGGACUUCAUGUGUCAACAGUUCCGCAACAUGAAUGAUCGCCUUUCUGAGCUCAAAAUCGAGGUCGGCGAGAUCAGCGGCUCUAAAACGAUGUUAGCUCUUGAUCUAAUCAAUGAGCGCUUGAGCCAUUUCGAUGAUAUCAACGCACGCUUCAACGAGGCCGGCAUGCUUGAUCACGGGAACAUCAGGGCCCUUGAUGUCUUCAACGGGCGUCUCUUCAGCAUUGAAGAGGACAUCAAAUGUCUCAAACACGCCAUCCAAGGCACCGCCGACGACUCUGACGACUCCAUCAAGCGCUACCUCGGCAAGAUUGAUGAUCGUCUUAGCAAUCUGGAAAGCAACCUGCACCGCCUGGAGGACAGGAUGUUUGCCAACCUCGAUGGUGCAAUUGAUGACGAAACGGGCUUCAUUACGGUCGUGAUGGACGCCCUUGAUUUCCAAAAGCUCGACGCGAUGAACCCGACCGAGAUAGCGCAGAAGCUUCGCGAAAAGGGCUCAGGCUGGAAGAUUGAAAGUAUCAAGCUCAAGGCUCCCAAGACCGCCGACCAGCAACACCAAGUCAUCAUCAAUUUCUUGACGAGGGAGUCAGAGGCGUAUAUGCGACAGCACAUUUCGGAGAUGAGUGAGCUCUUCGGUCUUGAGCACGGUGUCUAUUGCCUUUCGCCAGUCUAUACACUACACGUCGAGCAUCUGGUGCCACACUUGUCCAAAGGAGGCAUGGGACACAAAGAAUUGGAAGAAGCUCUUCUCAAAGCCCUGGGUGUAAAAGACAUCAAAGCGAAGGUAACAUACGAACGCAUGCUACUCAAGACCCAAGACUUCGAACUUGUCAGUCGACUUUGCUUCACAGGCGUGAACCUGCUCGGUCAUUACUACGAGAUUGUACCAUUUUGCGUUCAAGGUACCCCGCUCUUUUGCUACAGAUGCUGGAAGACAGGCCAUUUCAAGGAUGACUGCACCGUCAGUGUCAUGCUGUGCGGGCGGUGUUCUGGUGCCCAUGAUACAAGGGGCUGCAAGGCGGCUUCCCGGUGCUGCAACUGCAACGGCCCUCAUGUCACCUGGUCACCGGAGUGCACAAUCAGUUUAUCCAGGGAGGAGCACCGAGCGUCGGCUUGGUAUCGACAGCUCGUGCCUCACUGGGCUAAGCAUUUACCCAAGACCGGAAAGCCUAUUCUUCCAACGGUUACCAAAACUAAGCCGGAGAAGGCAAAGGCGAAUCCCGCUGAAAGCUCGCCUACUAAGUCUGGUGAACACAGCGGCGCAUCUCCUUCCAAGGCGGUCGAGAAACGACCGGUUGGUAGGCCAAAAGCGCUGCCAUCCAAGGAGUCUGGGCAACGGACGCUUGGCCAGUUCUUGAAGACUGGGGGAAUCGGAUCAUCUCCUGCCACCUCCAAGAAACCUCCUUCGUCUCCAGACGCAGACAUGACCGGUACAAAUACUGUCCCUCUCCCACGCAGCGAGGGGACAGGAGUUCCAAGCCCCAACACUCAGCCUUUGACAGCCAAUGCUAGUAGCUCUUCUGUCAGUGACGUUGACAACUCUCUUACGGCCAUGGAGAUGGACACAGACACCACAUCAUCUUCGACGCCGGGUGCUAGUCAGUCUUCUGGCAGUGAUGGUGAUAGUGGCGCUGCAGAUAUCGAUAUUGAUACAGCUAGCACAGCCGACAACGAGCCGGCUGAAAGCGAAGCACCCGGGGCCGAGCAGUCAAAGCCCAGCAGCAGUACCCAGGCCAAGAGCGAUCCGAAAGGGGGCAUACAAGGAAGCAGCAAGAACAAUAACAAGAACAACAAUAAUAGCAAGAAGACCAAUAAGAACAACAACAAGAACAAGAAUAACAGCGCCCCCAAGCAGACGACAACCCAGACAAUUACAUCAUUAGUAUCCAAUACCUCUCAACAAGAAAAUGGCAAUAAGCCCGGCGGUGCGAGGGGAAAGAAAAAGCCUUUUUCCUGGAGAGAGCACAAGGCGAAGAAAAAGGCACAGAAACAGGCAGAUAAAUCUGCAUCAGCCAAAAAUACCCCUGCUCCUGUUAGCGACGCUCCUGUCAGUAACACUCCUACCAGCGAAGCUCCUGGCGUUCCUUCUUCCCCGGCUCCUCUUCGUACCACGCCUCUGGAUUCUGGUAUCAUUUCGACACCCAUACCUCCAGCAGGUGCUACGUCUGCACCAGCUACGCCUUUGCCUGUUGUGCCUGUACCAGCUAUGUCUGUACCUGAUGCGUCAGUUGCUGCUACAUCUGCACCGGCUCCUCUUCCGCCUAUACCUACUUCUAGCACUCCCUGUAAUAGCGUUCCAACCGCCAGUCUACCCUCUACUACCAACGGUCCUUCUGCCCCUAUGUUUCCUACCUUCAGCAACUUGUUGCCACUGCCUCCCGUUGUUGGUAUCACUCAGCCUUCGGGCUUCAACUUCGAAGAGAUCUCACAGCCGGUGUCUCCCUCCGGCAAGCGCGAAGGGCCACUGAGUGUGCACUCCCCUGAGAAGAGGAGGAAGCCUUCACGCAGCAUAGAAAGUGGCGAUGAGGCCAUGGCCGCGCUCAACUCGGUAGUUCAGGAUGAAAACGUAGCCAGGGCACAAACUUGA